GCCCGUGUGACCGGAAGGGAUGGGUUCGAAGGUGUUCGGGCGGCCUGGGCGCGCCUAGGGAGGCAGAGGAGGGCGCCCCUUUUCCCGGCGCCAUGGAUCCCUUCUUGAGCCUCCUGCACUCGUUCUCCUCGGGCAUGACGGAGAGCGAGGUCGGCUCCCUCAAGUUCCUGUGCCGGGACAAGAUCCCCAAACGGAAGCUGGAGGGGGUGCGCAGCGCCGUGGACCUCUUCGCCUUGCUGCUGGAGCAGCGGGCCAUCACCGAGAACGAUGUCGACCUCCUGGUGACCCUGCUGCGCGCCAUCAAGCGGCUCGACCUGGUGGAGCAGCUGGAGCAGUUCGUAGAGGAAGGCGAAGCCAACGCUUCUGGUCAGCCAGACCCGAAUGAAAAACGUCUGCAGAAAGCAGCUUUUGACGUCAUAUGUGAAAAUGUUGGGAAAGACUGGAAAAGACUGAUGCGAUGUCUUGGCUUGCCUGAAGUCAGAAUUGACAAUAUUGAGGAAGCCGAACCGAAAAAAUUGAGUCAACGAGUGUUUAAGUCACUCAGAGAAUGGCAGAAGUGGAAGGGAAAAGAUGCAAAGGUGGAUGACUUAAUAAAAGGUCUUCGGGCUUGUCACCUGAAUCUGGUAGCAGACAGAGUUGAACAGAAACUCUUGCAAAUGAACAGUGAAAAGCAGUGAAAUCAGUAUUGAAAUAUUUUCUUUGCCACACUGAUAGAAUGAAAAAAGAAGUGCCUUCUAUUCUGAACUAUAGUCAACAUUGUUGGUUACACCAUUAAUUUAUGAGUCUCAAGAUGACUAGGUGAACUUGUUGUCAGACUAACAUGGAGGGAGCUGGGGUGGGUGGGGAAACCCUUUCGGGUAAUGCUUUGUAGUUUGUUGCUUUGAUUGUAGGUAUUUUAAGAGAAUUUAACUUUAAGAGUGACUGAGCUGCAUUUUAUGGAAGUCCUUGCACUUUUGUUCUACCUGCCCGUGAAUGUAGGAUUUGCAUUACUGCUGGUGCUUUUCAGAUUGGUUUCCUGGAUCUACACCUGUGGGAUCAUUUCUGAUGAUUUCAAGUUUCUCUGGGUUUUUUAUUCACAUAUUUUUUCUGGAAACAUGUUAGUAACUGAAGUGUGAAUGGGGAAGAGAGAUAAGAGUACCUGCCUGUGUACUGGAAUUGCUUGUGUUUUCUGGAUAGCAUAAUGUCUUCUGUGCACUGCUGAAGGCCUUUGCUCCCCAUAAAAGCGCACUAAAUAGGUUGUGUUCUCAGGCACCAAAACUGGUGCGGUAGGGCUAGUCCCUAUUGUGGUGGCUGUUUCUCAGCAGAGAGUGUGCCUGGUUUGAGAACAGAAUUGGCUGAAAGCAACAGCCUCUGUCAAGUGCCUUCAUCGCCCUAAGGGAAUGUUCUGAAGCUAUCAAAGAAAUUGUCUGUAUCUUGCAGACACUUACAGCACUGCCUUUUCACUGCCUUGAGUUUUCUAGGGUUUCUUCCAGGGAAAUCCUCAUAUAGCCCAUGCAGAGUCUUCCUGUGCCUCGUGGAAGUUGCAGCUCACCUCAUAAAUAGAAGGCUGCUGUUAUCUGUGCUCUUCGUAACACAGAUAUAUGCUUUAGCAAAACACUAGAAGACAAACUAGUUUCUUUUUGGAGUAGAAUGUGAAAGUUUAUUGAAUGCAAAUAAGCAGAAUGAACUCUUCUGUGUAGUGACAUCCUGUGAAAAAUCUCUCUCUGCCACAACUUCUUCACCUUUUCAGAGAUGAUUCCCAGUCACUUAUUUCCAAGUUUUUUGCUUGCUUUUUUUCUUCUUUCUUUCAUUCCUUUUCUUCUGUAUCUCUUAAAAGCAGUUGUAAGUAGCUCAUAGUUGAAGGAGAAUUAAUGAACAAGACCUGCUUCAGUUUUUAGUUCAGUUUGGGACAAAAUUCAAAACUGGUCUUGCUAGCUAAGCUGAGCCUGGGAAAGCUGGGUAUGGUUCAAGAUGUGUUGAGAUGUAGAGGCCUCCCAGAAUGAGACCAAACAGAAUGCUAGUGGGAAAAGUCCUCUGCAAUUGCCUUAAUAAGUGGGACUGUUUGUGGUAGCUUGCAACAACAUAAACCCCUCUGAAGAGGGGAAGCUUCUUUUUGCUGCUGCACCUGGGUGCUUUUUAACUCCUUUCUGGUUCCCAUUUCACGGUGCUUUUAUUAUGAUGGCCUGAUGGUCAGCCUGUAACACAUUUGUACUCUGUGUAUAUUAGUCUUUCCUGGAAAUGUGAAACUUAGGAUUUUGAAGUUUUUAUUUCAAUUGGCAACUCUAGCUAAGAAGAUGCUGAGUGAUGAUUGAAUACCUGGUUACUGGAAAAUGAUGUAAUGUGAAUUUUUAAAUUAUUUUUUUCUCUUCAAAAACUGAGCUAUAAGUGAUUGCUGAAAAUAUAAUGUACCAACUAUCAGUGAUUUAGAGUAGCAGUAAUGAACCUUCCACCUCUCUGAUUUUGGGGCAUGUCCAAUUUUCUAAGCACUAGCUCCAGGCUGUCAGCAUCUUAGCAAGCUGAGGAUAAAUCUACGCAAAUUCCAAACUUCCCAUUCUGGAUUUAAAAAAGAUAACAAAAUAAAGUUACGCUUCAGCUGAAUGACUAGUUCAAAAUCUAGGAGAAAGAUUUUGUUUAAUGAGAAAGCUUUUAAAUUUUGCAGUGUUUAAAGAAAAUAUUCAUUUCAGACUUCUAUGUGUCUAAACAAUAUUUGUUAGGAGAGUAAAGGGGAGGUAAAGUUAGCAAAAUGAGUUGUGUUUUGUGGUGAAACAGCUCUGCAGGAUUUGUGUUACAGGACAGCUCAUGGCACAUUCAUAUUUUGUUUAUCUACUUGUUAAAAGUCAUCUAGUU